CUCUUUCUCUGUAUGUCCCUGAAUUCUCCUAACUUCUGCAGCCUCGAGCGGCAAUACGUUUGCAUGUUGAAGUUGUCGCUGCACUUGGAUCUCCAGCAGGAUCCGCUCGAGUUCCUCGCCCUCCGUCACGCUGCGCGUCCACUUAAGUGCGAAGCUGUGGCCAUCUCGCUUGACCUCGUACACGUGAGCGAAUCCUCCUUCGUCCAGAGGCCUCAGUACCUCGUACACUUUGCCGUUCACGCGUGCAACGGCAUUCCCCAUCUUUGCGUCGGUUCAGGAAAUAGUCCCAAUUGGUGCAUUAUUUUUUUUAUUCGCGGACUAUUCUAUUGAUUUGCAUCCUCUGGAAGAUGGCUACGUGAGUGCCAAAUGGCUGCGUGCAGGCUUCUCUACUAAUGCUGCUGUGUAGGUUGCAGUCGUACGCCGCGCUCAACGCUAUAGCCCGUGACAAACUGGGCCAGGUGCUGUCCCGCGUGCUGGACAAGAUGGCCGCUAAUGUACGCUAGGAGAGAAUAGAACUGGAUACAGAUCUAAUGUCCAUAUUUUCUGUCAAUGUAGGAAGUUGAGGUGUUCACUGUUGACGAGAAGGACCAGCUCAAAGCGAUGCUGGCACUGUCAGACGCGCAGAUCGACGAGACGGUCGCAGUAGCCAAGGAGGUCUUUCAAGACGCGGCCGCGUUUGGCCAAGUGGAUCACAACCUGCUGCUGUCGCGUGGUGUGGACACCGACGUCGUGUCUGCCGUGGAGAAGACGUGGAGGAAGAGAGGACGCUCGCUGGCAGUGAAGAUCGCAGCGCUUCAGACGGUGGAGAUGCCCGCGUUGACGCUCCAAAAGACCGACUGGCGUCUGCACCUGGAAAUGGGGAGCAGCAGGCGCAGCGGACAGUCGCAACCGACAGCCAUUUUCCAGCUAGAGCUGGAGGAGGAGAUGAAGGGAUUGGACGUGGAGUUGUCGCACUCAGAGCUGCGGGCGCUGUUUCUACAGCUCAACGCCAUUCAAGCGGAGCUAGACGCGCCGCCAACGCCGUCUGCAGCGUAAAUAUACAUAAUGCAGAAUUUGUUGAGUACAACGCCGUCGCUAAUAUAUCCUAUGCUUCCUUCAAAGCGACUUAGGAAGAGUUCAGUGGUGAGUUGUCUGGUUAAUAUUUUUUUACGAAUUAUGUUGUUGGAGAUCAUGCAGCAAAUGCAGAUACAGUAGCGGAAUACGGCGACUUGGAUGUCACGAGGUGUGCGCUUGGACGUAUUGAAGUGGCUACAUAAGAACCACAGUGAAGAAUGCUUCGCUUUUGCGAUAGCUUGAACAGCAGAAUGUGGUCACUUGGACGUUGUUAAAAAGUUGCAGCCAACGCACAACUUGGGCAGCUGAAUAAAAUCGUGAGGAAGGAAGAACAUGUACGUACCACCGAAGAUAUGCUGGGCCGUAGAAAACGGCUACUGUGUCGUUGUGCGAUGGUUACAAGACAAUCGCGAGAGCUUUUCAAUGGUGAGAGCAAUUGUUGCAGAUCAUUUCGACGUGAUGCUGUUCCAGCAUUGAGUACAUCGAUGAAAACCAACUGCGCUUCAGGUGACGUGAUCAAAAAGCCGCGUUUGAAGUUGGUACCAUGGUGUCUCGAAGCCAAAUUCGUAGAGACUGGGGCGUAUCGUGUCGAGUCUCUUGGGGAGAUUGGUAUUAUACACGAACGAGAGUGGUUCCAUCGGCAAAGCUAACAGAAGAGCAAGCACGAAAUAUGGAAACACUAUUCGAACACAUUUUAAAGCAAUUCAUAACAACGGAUUAUUUUCGCGUU